AUGGUAUUCUCUCGAGGCGAUGCUGCUGGAGACAAUGAAACGCUAGACCACAUUGAAACCAACAACAACGAUGUUGAACUUGUUACCUGGGAUGGACCAGAUGACCCGGAAAACCCUUUCAAUUGGUCUUUGCGCCAGAAAUGGGCCAUCACCGGGUUGGCAAUUCUUGCCACCUUUAUCACCAUAUUCAACGGCACCAUCAUCACAGUUGCUCAUGAUGCAACAAACGCAGCUUUUCACGUCUCCGAUGCCGGUUUUCCUAAUUCCUACUGGCCUGUGACAUCCUGGUCAAUGGGCGGCGCUUUUAGUUCGCUAUUUCUCCUUCCAUUGAUGGAAGAUUUUGGUGUAAGAGGGGUAUUCUUAUCCACCUGGGCAGUCUUCAUCUUGUUUGUCAUACCUCAGGCUGUCGCCCAGAACUUUGCUACAAUGAUUGUGACGAGAUUCUUCGCCGGCGGCUGUUGCUCCAUUUUGUCAAAUACUGCUGCAACAGUGAUUGGAAACAUAUGGCAAACCGAUCGAGAAAGAAAUUCCACUGUUCGUUUAUAUAUUGCGGCCUAUAUGGCUGGAAGUAGCAUCGGUCCUGUUAUUGGCGCACCCAUUUUCCAGUUUCUCUCAUGGAGAUGGAUUGGAUAUAUGCAGCUGAUCUGGUACGGAGCCUUUUUCCCUAUCUACAUCUUCUGGUUCAAGGAGUGUCGUGAAAUUGCUAUUCUUGGGAAGCGUGCCAAGGCAUUGCGACAGAAAGGAAGAUGCGCAUACACCCAACAUGAGCUUGACAGGGAGGGAACUUCUAUGCUUCAAAUUGUUGUUCGCAGUGCAUCACGGCCUAUGGUUAUGUUUUUCACCGAGGGUGUCCUUUUCAUCCUAGCCCUCUGGUCUGCUUUUACUGUUGGCACCCUGUACCUGUUCACACAGUCAGUUGAGCAGGUUUUUGCCGCGCUGUACGGUUGGUCACCAGCAGAUGCUGGGUAUAUCCAAUCAGCCAUCGUGAUUGGUCAACUCUUUGGCUUGGGAUUCGCCAUGUUCUCAGGAAAGAUUUACUUCAAUUCUGCCGCUCGUAACAAGGAGUGCCCAGGAACUCCUAUCCCAGAAGCACGAUUGUACUUGGCCGUUCUCGGAGGAAUCUUCGGAAUCUCUGGUGGCAUGUUUACAUAUGCCUGGACUUCAUAUGCCAGCUUCCCUUGGAUAGCACCUGCGAUAGGUCUCUCAAUGGUGGGUGCCGGUAGUAUUCUUGUUGUGGAAGGACUUUCCGGCUAUCUCAUGGAUGCUUAUUCCAACUACGCUGCUAGUGCAGUUGGUGCCUGUGUCACUGGCGAGAACAUCCUAUCGGCAUUCUUGCCUCUGGCUGCCGGGAGCAUGUACACAAACUUAGGGUUUCAGUGGGCUAGCUCACUUCUAGCUCUCAUUUCACUCAUUCUGUGUUUAGGACCGAUCCUAUUUGUGAUCUACGGAAAGGAAAUUCGGGCAAAAAGCCCUUUGAUGACGAGUGGCAUGAUGGAGAAGGCUAGAGAAAACACUGAGUCCGUCUGA